AUGCAAGACCUGCCCAUCGACAAGCCACCAUCUUUCCACGCCUCUCAGCAUGGAGAAGUUCCUAGCGAGGAUGACAUGGGGUUUAAUGACCCCCAAAAUAUCUUGUAUACCAAUUUGCAGGGUGAAGGCCUCCCCGAAAGAUUCAGGGAGCGGCUGGCCGAGCUGGAGCAAAUGCUCCAGCUGACUCACCAGCUUGUCACGAUUCACUGUGGAAUUCAGGUAAAGAGGAGGAAAGAAGAAGGAGUGCUGCCGAGCGACGCUAGCGAAGAGUCUGAGUGGAGGCGGGCUGCGUACCGAGUUAGGGUCAUGGAAACGUACUUCCAGGACGGUAUUUAUCCAUGGUUUGUCAGCCCGGGGCCAUCAACUUGUACUGAAAAUAUCGCGGUCGAGAGAAGCCGGUUUCACUGGGAAUUGCUCACAAAAUGGCUCAUGGGGAUUUUGCUUCCUCGACCAGUUACGACGUCAGUUGAGGCCAUCUUUCAGUCGAUUGGUGAAACCAUCAAAAGCACUAGAAAUACCUCUGAGAACACGCUUUUCUUGGGUAUAUUACAAGUUUUUACAUAUGAUGAGAUACGAGAUGAUCUUCGUACAUCAAUUCGGGGCAUCAAGUAUAAAUUGGAUCAACGAACGCAUGAAAUUGUCCGCAUGAAAAGUAGUCAGACCUCGAUCGAGGCGCUCUUAGCUUAUGACCAAGCUAACUACAUGUUCAACGAGCGAACUUGGCAGAUGAUGAAGCCCGAGGUGGAAAAAUAUAUCCUCGAGACUGGAAUCGGCAAUAUCCGCGAUCCCCCAUCGGUCCCAGUCUAA